AAAAAUCUCAUAUUUCAUGACAUGGAAUUAUAAAUUCUCUAAAAACAGGGUUUACCCCGAAACUUAAUGUAUUGAGAUAUAUUCCCGAAUUGUUUCGUCUAUGUAAUGCAUUAGUGUGAAUAUCAUGUCAUACCUGAAACAUGAAAAGUGAAAGCUAUGACGCACUUUAAAAAUACUGUUGUCAUAAGUAAGCUUGUUUAUUUUACUACGGCCGACUUAAUCUUAUAGUCGGGUUAACAAUUAUAAGUCUAUUAAGGUCAUAAGUGUUAAAAGACUGCUACAUUAUUAAUUUCUUCUUUUUGCCAACCAGUCAAACCACAAAUCAAAGGACUUCCCUUUUUAUUGUCUGAUGUCAAUGAGUAAUACUUUUGUCCCAGUUACUGCAGGUUUAGUCUUUGUCCACGAGAGGGCAGUCUUUAUCAGCUCCAAUCAGAAAGUUGUAGUUGAAAAAAGUGAAACCAGUCGAACAACCCCCUUAUUUACUGUAAAUGUGUGUGUUUUUAAGUGAGUGUAGCAUUCGUGCUGCAUCAUCAGAGAGCCAUCAGCACACAUGUGUAGGCAGUGAAUUGAGACCGACUGGUGUUUUUUUCAAAUUACUGUAUAAUUAUUUUUAAUUCACAGACUGGUGACUUAUCAUAGAUGGUCCCUUUAAAGCUAGCUCUAGUGUUACAUUCAAAUGCAGGCAAAUGCCGGUUUGGUUGCCAUGCCUUCAGUUUCAUUUCGGUGCCAGUAUAUGUGGAGUUGAAUCACAGGUGCUUUUUGAACCUGUUUGUUUAGGGAAAUCACUGCAGCGCUUCCACCAGCCUUCACCUCCUCCAGCAUCCAACGGACUUUAACUGACACAAACAAAGGCGCAUGGUGAUGCACAGCAGAGUUCCUCAUUUCAAGGUCAAUAAGUCAUCAAUUGCAGUCCUCACAUGCCUGGACUGUAACCAGACCAUGAAGGAUUGUGGAUUCUCUGAGAAAGAAAAUGAGUUUCGGGGCGAGCUGGUGAACCAGCGGUGGACUAGAGGAGAGAGGACCAGCAGCCGCUGCCAGGCCUCCCAGAGACUGCAGAGCCGUCGACCAAUCAUGAUGAGUAUAGAGACUGAUGACAAGCGGACUCGCACGCGGUCCAAGGGAAUCAGAGUUCCUAUCGAGCUGGUAGGACAAGAACUGAGCUGCCCCACCCCUGGAUGCAAUGGCUCCGGCCAUAUCUGUGGGAGAUACUCACGACACAGAAGUGUUCUGGGCUGCCCUGUAGCUAGAAAGCGUCGGCUGGAGGAAACAGAGACCGAUCAGGAGCAAGAAAGACCAGCCUCCAAGAGGAAGUCUUACCCUCUAAAACUGGCCCUGGACGAGGGCUUCAGUGCAGAAAGCGACGCCAGCAGCGAAGCAGAAGGCGAGGUAGAAAAGGAUGGAGAGAAAGAAGGAGAGGCCAAAGAGGUGGAGCAGGAGGAGCAGCUUGAUGUGGACCAGAAGGAAGAAGAGGAGGACAAGAUGAUAGUGGAAGCAGCAGAGGAAAAAGAAGAAAUGGCAGAAAGCUUCGUGCAAGAUGGACAGACCAAUGGCGAGGAAGUGGAGGUGCUGAGUCCACAGUUUGAAGACCAGGAGACGAAAGGAAAAGACGCAUAUCAUGAUGACAAGACUGCAUACACAACUGAUAAAGAUGAAGAGGAAGAGGAGGAGGAGUGUGUGAUCAUUGAGCAUGAGCUCACUGCAGCUCCUGCACCUGCAUCUCAGGAUUCUCCUGCUGUUCCAAAGAACACUGUAGAUUUGGAUAACUCUCUCCACCACAACCAACACACUUCUGAUGACAGUGCUCCCAGUUUAACCUCGCAGAGGCCUGUUGCCAUGGAGAUGGGAAACGAUGUCAGUGUGCCCGAAGAUGUAAAAGAGGAGCCAGAGGAGGACAUGAUUAAGGAGGCACAGAGGGAGACAACACACGGAGUUCAAGUGCUGCAAGAGUCAUUAACUGUGAAGAAGGAGGAGAUGGCUGAAGUUGAGAGAGCUGAAGUUGAGGAGGAGCAGGAGCAGGAGCCUGGAGAGUAUGGGGACGGGAGCAACCACAUGAGCCAGGUGAACCGCCAGUAUCAGAACACGCACCGUCUGAAAGAUGAGGAGGACCACAGGGACCACGCUCCGCCCAACACUGAUGUGCCAACUGCCGUCCGCACCAUCACCAGCAUCGCAGCAGCUCAGGGAACACACAUUAAGACUGAAGACCACAGGGAGGACUUUAGUGCACACAGGGCCUCUCCUCUGGACAUAUGUGAAUCUGACAGACACAGCCCUCCUCAGAACUACAGGGCCAGCCCUCCUUCAAGCUACAGCUCCCACAGGGCCAGUCCGCUGGAGGAGUACUUUCCCAAUGCCAGAGCUGAGAACUAUAAAAUCCACCAAGCCUCUUCCUCAGCCUCUCCAGACAUUAUUGAGGUGGGAUCGGACAGGUCAAACAAUAAGGACUUCGAUGAUGUGGAUGGAGACGACGAACGUGAUGAUGAAGACAGCCUGUCGCAGCGGUCCACGGUGACAGAUGAGUCUGAGAUGUUCGACAUGUCCAGAGGAAACCUGGGUCUACUGGAGCAGGCCAUUGCUCUGAAGGCAGAGCAGGUGAAGUCAGCUGGACCCAGGGAGCUUCUCCGAGCACCAGAUAUCCACCACCAGCUUUACUUCACCAUGGAGGACAGACCCAAACAUCUGGAUAUCCUACGCAAGAGCUACUUUGGCAAAGAGGGAAGCAGGCCCGAGAAGAGAGAGAUCAAGUGUCCCACUCCAGGGUGUGAUGGGACAGGUCACGUGACCGGCCUUUACCCCCACCACCGCAGCCUGUCAGGCUGUCCGCACAAGGACAGGAUCCCCCCGGAGAUUCUGGCCAUGCAUGAGAAUGUGCUGAAGUGCCCGACUCCUGGCUGCACUGGUCAGGGCCAUGUUAACAGCAACCGUAACACACACCGCAGUCUCUCCGGAUGCCCCAUCGCUGCUGCAGAAAAGCUGUCGAAGAGCCACGAUAAGCAGCUCCUCUGUCAACCAGGCACCGAGCACCUGAAAGGAAGUCCCAAUGACAGAGUCUUGAGGCCCAUGUGUUUUGUGAAGCAGCUAGAGGUGCCCCAGUACGGCAGCUACAGGCCCAACAUGGCACCUGCCACACCUCGUGCCCACCCGGCCAAGGAGCUGGAGAAGUACUCGAAGGUCAACUUCGAUUAUGCAAGCUUUGAUGCUCAAGUGUUCGGGAGGCGCAUGCUUGCUCCAAAGAUUCCCACCAGCGAAACCUCACCCAAAGCCUUCAAAACUAAGCCCUCAUUUCCCAAGUCCCCAUCGCCCAACCUGAGUCUCCAUGCUUAUGGAAAGAGCUCCACCUUAGCCUACGACUACUCCCAUGAUGCCGAGGCAGCUCACAUGGCUGCCACCGCCAUCCUCAACCUGUCCACGAGGUGCUGGGAGAAACCUGAGAACCUGAGCACCAAACCCCAAAACAAGGAAAUGGACAUUGAGGUGGAUGAAAAUGGAACCCUGGACCUUAGCAUGAAGAAAUCGUUUAAAAGAGAGGGAAGUCUGUCCGCCACCAGUCCUGGCGUUAGGUCCCCGGAUCCUUCUUCCUCUUCGUCAUCCUCUCUGCAUCACGGCGGUAACAGCGGGAUGACAUCACCAAACGUUCACGCCUACAAGCAGGAAGACUGGGAGGGACCUCUGGACUACACUAAACCCAACCGCCAAAGGGAAGAGGAAGUGGACGAGAUGGACCACAUGGGCCAGUCCUAUGUCUCCUCUAAUCCAGAAGACUGUGACAUGAUGCAGGAUUGUCUGGAAGACAGGAAAUACCCGGGCGAGGUCACCACCCCAAACUUCAAGAUCAAGUUCCAACCCAAGGACGCAAAGAAGGACCUACUGGCGUGCCCUACACCUGGUUGUGACGGCAGCGGCCACAUCACUGGAAACUACGCGUCCCAUCGCAGUCUGUCUGGGUGUCCUCUCGCUGAUAAGAGCCUUCGGUCCCUCAUGGCGGCCAACACCCCUGAACUCAAAUGCCCUACUCCGGGAUGUGACGGAUCAGGUCACAUCACAGGAAACUACGCCUCUCACAGAAGUCUCUCUGGGUGCCCGCGUGCCAAGAAAAGUGGAAUUAAAACUCCUACCAAGGACAACCAGGAGGACUCGGAGCUUUUAAACAGAUGCCCAGUUCCGGGCUGUGACAGUCUGGGCCACAUAAGCGGCAAGUAUGCUACGCACCGCAGCGCCUACGGGUGUCCACUGGCCGCCCGCAGACAGAAAGAAGGCCUACUGAACGGUACGCCCUUCAACUGGAAGGCCUUUAAGACAGAGGGGCCCACCUGCCCCACCCCAGGCUGCGAUGGCUCUGGACACGCCAACGGAAGUUUCCUCACACACCGCAGCCUCUCAGGAUGCCCCAGAGCCUUGUUUGCCAAAAAGAAGUUAAAGUUUCCCUCAGAGGACUACCUGAGCAACAAGUUCAGAGCUGGUGAUGUUCUGGACAACGAUGAUGACAUCAAGCAACUCAACAAAGAGAUCAACGACCUCAACGAAUCCAACAAUGAAAUGGAGGCUGAUAUGGUCAACCUGCAAACUCAGCAGAUCUCAUCCAUGGAAAAGAACCUGAAGAACAUUGAGCACGAGAACAAGAUGAUCGAGGAACAGAACGAGGCUCUCUUCAUGGAGCUGUCCGGUCUCAGCCGUGCCCUCAUCCGCAGCCUGGCCAACAUUCGUCUGCCACACAUGCAGGAGCCAAUCACCGAGCAGAACUUUGACAGCUACGUGAGCACCCUGACCGACAUGUACACCAACAAGGACUGCUUCCAGAGCCCAGAGAACAAGGCUCUGUUGGAGAGCAUCAACAAAGCUGUGAAGGGCAUCAAGGUCUGAGGCUGAACAUGUACACACACUUGAAGAAAAGAACUUGACCGGAAGGCAAGAGUGUGAUGAGGAGACAAGAAACUUUGACUACAAUACAAUGAAGUUGAAAAACAAAAAAGGGAAUUCAGGUUUAUCUUAAUAAAUGGCAACUUAAAUAUGAAAAAAAAAAAUUACCCAGGGAGCACUCUGUUUGAAGAAAAAUGACGCGGACCAAAAUCCACACCAUACUGCUGCUGGGGUUUGAGGAGGACAAAACUGAACCUUCAGUCAGGAUGGAUGGAGAAGAAGAAUGAUGUUACAACUAAAACUGUAUCCUGGAAAGGGUCGAAUACGCUGUAUGUUUACCUGUGGUCUCUUUUGUGUCCUUACCUGCUUUUGGAAACGGGAACUGUCGCACGCCUCAUCCUUUUUCCCCGCACUUCAACCCAAACACAGCGGAGCACAAACGCUCUAAAGUCUGCAGCUCCACAAGAAGAAACCACCACAGCAAUAUAACGAA